AGUACCCAUUCCAGGCAACAAAUCGUCUUUGCCCUACGCUGCGCGAUUCCAUCGCGUAUGAAGGGGCAGCCAUCUGCUCCCGAUCAUGCAGUGUCAAAGCAAGACAAAACAAGCACCAUCAACACAACCAAGCAGCGUCAAUUUUCUCAUCGCAAGCCAACCAUCAUUGGUACCUACAACGUCCAUACUCUACGAGAAACAGAAAAGAGAGGCAACCAAGAAACACUAACAUUUAAACAAUCUGACCGGUUCCAUCAGCUCAUUCAUGGGUGUGAAGAGAAAGGAAUCGAUAUUGUAACCAUACAAGAGCACCGACUACCAGCAGCUGAUGGCAUUAACACCUACAUCGAAAUCUACAACAACAAAGAAUGGAGAUUCGACUUCUGCUCAGCCACAAAAACUACCCAAGGCAAUCACCUCGGAGGAAUAGGGCUCUUAACGAGCAGCAAAGCCGGCAAAUCCCUGACAGCAACAACUAAAAUGUCUGAGCGGAUAAUCACAGCAACAUUUGCGGGCAACCCUUUAACAACAGUCAUCGUAGCCUAUGCCCCGACAGAAGAAAAACCAAAGACAGAGAAAGACAACUUUUAUAACCAGUUCAUCAAAUGUGCACACGAAACAUCGCCACACAAUAUGCUCGUCAUUGCAGGCGACUUCAAUGCAGGAAUUGGAGAAGACAGCCAUCAGUCAAAUCCAAGAGUUAUAGCCAAACACGUUCUGCACAAAGCAACAAAUGACAAUGGAAGUAGACUAGUUGAGUUCUGUGAAGCAACAAAUACAAGGCCAACACAGCCCAGAUUCCCUCAUCCAAAAUCCAGAAUCUGGACGUGGCAACCGGAUGCCAAUAGAAACGCAAAAGACGGGAAAAACAGAGCUCAACUAGAUCACAUACUCAUCAACGGCAAGUGGAUCAAUUCGGUGAAGAACGUGAGAGCAUUCAACUCAAUCGAUCAAAAUCAGCUGAGAGCGCCAAGAGAAACCAAGAACAAGCGCCUCAAGUUCGACUGGAGAAAGCUCAAAGACAACGAAGAGCUACAAGAACAAUAUACCGUCACUAUCCAAAAUCGUUUCAACGCACUUAGGAGAGAAGACGACCGCGAUGAUAUGCAGCCAAAAUAUGAUAGAUUCGUAACAGCCAUCAAAGAAGCUGCAAAGAGCACGGUCGGCCUAGUCAGGAAAAAAGCACCAAAGAACUGGGUUUCGAGCGAAACGAUCAAAUUUCUCAAAGCACGGAAUAAAUCUAAGAGAAACAAGUGUGCGAACAUGAAACAACUCAAUCAAGAUCUGCUUGAUUCAUAUGAGCAGGACAGGAUCAACUACUUGGAGGAAAAACUACAGCAACUUAAAGAAGCAGCAAAAGCAAAUAAACUAAGAACAACUUGAGAGAUAGUCAAAGAGAUCAGCGGCAAGACUAAGUCAACAAACAAACACAAGAUGAAAAGAGCAGACGGAAGAGACAUCAAAUCAUCACAAGAACUGCUAAAGGAGUGGCAACAAUACUUUAAAACCUUGUUAAACAACAAAAUAAUCACUGA